AUGGACGGGGACUUCCUGCACGCGAUCAAUGGCGACUGGGACUCGCUACUGACGGUCAUGCGCGAGAACCGCCAGGUGGCGCAGCGCACGGAUGCCAGCGGAAUGACGGUGCUGCACUGGGUCUGUUUGCAUCAGAACGCGCCUACCGAUAUCGUGGUCAAGGUGGUCUUCGCCAACCCGUACGCCGUGCAUAUGCGCAACGAUGCCGGCCAUCUACCCAUCGAUCUAGCCAUUCAGGCCGAGUGUGGCGAGCGUAUUCUCGAGGUGCUGCGCGCCGCCGCACACGGCAGUCACCGCCCGGAAGACGACGGAGGCGAGUUGCAUCAGCACGAUCUCAUGGGCAAGGACGACGGGGAGCCUACCACCGAGACUAUUGACUACCAGCUGCCGUACAACAACCACACCAUCCUACACGACGAUAUCCGCGACGGCUCAGACUACCAGCCCCACCAGAACCACACGUACUACGGUGAAUCCGACGACGAAGUGGACGAGGACGAACUCGAGUACCAGCAGCACCAUCGACACUACCAGCCGCAGCCGUUCCAGCGCAAGGGACGACUAGAGAGGAGCGUGUCGGACCAGGACUCGUUCUACGAUCCACCGCAUGGAAACUAUGGCGGCGCUAGUAUGUACGGCGGCUUCAUGGCUGGUCCAGACCGUGACCGCGGCAACACUCUAUCAAGGAGCGACCCGCACGUCAAGUCGUUGCUGACCGAGCAGCGUCUUCGCGAGAGAGAGAACGACUUGAUCUCCAUCGCGACGGCGGACGAUUCGGUGCCGCUGGGCCUGUUCGACCCGUCCAAGGGGCCGCCCGAUAUGUCGAUGAUGUCUGGUUUUCAGAUCAAUGAAGACGUGAAAAGUAGCCACGCCAACGUCAAUAUGAGCUCGAGGAGUAUGGGCGCUGGUCCUCGCAGCAAGACGGCUUUCCCUCCCCGCUGGAAACAGUCGCGUAUGUGCCACGUAUGCGCAUGUGGUUUUACGCUGGUGAAGCGUCGUCACCAUUGCCGGAAUUGCGGCCAAAGCGUGUGCAGCCAGCACUCGACGAACCGCGUGUCGCUGCCCAAGUUCGCGCUGUCCGAGCCGCAGCGGGUGUGCGAUCAGUGCUUCCUUAGCGGCCACCAUAUCAUGGUGCCGGGUGGCCCCACGCCGUCUAUUGCUAGCUCGUAUCAGUCGUUGCCGGCUCAACUUCAGCGAGAGCAGCUGGAGCACCCGUUCCAGACGUCCCAGCAGUAUCAAAUGCAGUUCCAGCACGCCCGGUAG